AUGGGUAGAAAACGAAUGAGAAUAUCUAAAGUAUGCGACUUUUGUAAAAAUAGAAAAGUUAAAUGUGAUCUAGGCAAUCCUUGUUCUACGUGUGACAAAUUCAGGAAAGGUGAACCGUGUACAUAUACCGCAUACAACACCCUUAUACAGACUAGGAAGGACAACCAUGAAGAACAUAUCGUUGAGGAGUGUGUCAAGAAAUUGAGUUCUGCCGAUUCUGGUAGUAGUGGCAACAUCAACGGUUUAGGCACUACUGGAUCUGCCCCUGCUGUUUCUCAGCUUGAUUCAAUUUCCGAAUCAUUGGUUCAGGAGGAACUUGCGGCCUUGAAACAAAAGUUAAAAGCUUUGGAAGAAUCACUCCUGCGAAGAAGUGUAGACAAUAGUCCUACCAAUGGAAACCUGCAAUUACAUCCCGCAACAACAACAACUCCUGCAUCAUCAGUUCUAGCACCAUCUUUGACCAACCAAACAUUCAACCCCAUUAGUUCACUUGAAAUAACCAACUUAGUUGGAAAUAACCCUGCUGAAUCUCCAACUGAAACCAUAAACUUUUAUGAUGGAUAUAGUCCUACUUACGACAAAGAACCAAUUAGAAGGCGAAACUUUGGUCCGCUUUCUUGGAUUUCAUUAACAAAAGUCGAUGGGGCUUUAGGUGGUCUUUGGGACCAACUUAAUACUAUCAAAGAGCAGUACAAGGGAAAAAAUAUGUAUAUGGCUGCUACUUUGAACACUUCACAAGUUAUUGAGAAGGAAUUCUCUGAAAAAGUUCAUGUAGACGAAGGAUACAAUGAUAUUCGACCUUAUCGAGAAACUGUGCAAAGCGGUUCGAUUAAGGAUAAGAAACGUAAUUCUGAUCCGGUAUCGGCUGAAAAAUUGAAUGAAAAAGCUUUAAGUAUAGGGCUACUGUUUUACCAAGGUGGAUUAGAUGAAGAAAUGGAGUUGGUGGAAAAGAUCAAAUUGGUGUUACCAAAACAAAAAGUUAUUUGGCUAUUAUAUAAGAGAUUUUUUACCCAUUUGUACAUUGCAUUUCCAUUUGUUGAUGAAGUUGUAUUGAAAGAGCAAGUGCAAAAGUUGAUUGGUUAUGAAGACUAUCUUGAUGUUCCAAUUGACGUUAAAGUUGAAAAGAAGAUGGAUUUUGCAUAUUUGGGAAUCUUAUUGAUCCUAUUAAGACUCAGUUACUUGUCUCUUUUUUCCAAUGAUUCAAGCGUUAAUGAAGCUAACUUACACACCACAGAUCCUUCUCCUAAUGCUCAACAAGUCAAAUAUCUCAUGAAUAACCCUAUUAACAUCGAUGCCAUAGAUGUUGCACAGAGUUGCUUAAAUCAAUUCAAUUUAAUGCGAAGCAUCAAUAUGACAUUAAUGCAACUAGCAUUAUUCAUGAGGUUAUAUAACCUGGUUGCCCCAGAAGAUGGUGAUGGUAUUAAUGGUGGGGAUGCCCAAGUAUUUAAUGCAAUUUUGAUUCAAAUGGGGUUUACUUUAGGACUUCAUCGUGAGCCAGAUAAUUUCCCUGAUACUUGUAAUGACGAAAAAGUUAACAAUUUGGGACGAAAAAUAUGGACAUAUUUAUUGAUUAGUGAUUUGACCCUUGCGAUUUCCAAUGGAACUAUGCUAAAUAUUAGUUUGGAUGCGUUUGAUACAAAGGCUCCAUUUUACAAGCCAGGUAAUGAAAAUGUUAUUGAUGUUGAAUUAGAGAAAAUAACAGCACAAUGUUUUGCUCAGUUUGAUAUUUCUUAUCAACCAUUGCACGAAAUUUUGUCAACCAUCAUGAAAGUUAGAGGACUGUCUAAUAUGUCAGAAUUAUGUACCAAGUUGAAUUACAUUGAGUGCCAUUUCAUUGAACGAUAUGGGAAUUUACUGAACCGGGAUAAACUGAAACGUGUGAAUGAAGAAUUUCUUACCGCAAGAUUAAAAGUUUAUUUUACAGGGAAUUUGUUUAUGGUAUCACUUUACUUUCACAUUUUUAAUCAUUAUGAACGCAAAAGGAACACUGAAUUGGCACAUUAUUACCUCAAGAAGAUAUUUGCGGUUGUCAUACUUGAUUUAAUGCCAUUCUUGUGGGAAUGUGUCAAUGAUGUUAAUAUGAUGGUUUCUCCAAAAUCAACUUAUUUAGUGAUCAUUCCCUCCUACGAAAGUGUGGCUCAUAAAUCCUUGAUAUUAAUAAGUGCCGUCUAUGUGCGAGUCAAGCAUAAAGUUGUUAGUUUACAAUCAAAAUAUAACCACGGUCCACUAAUGAAAAGCAACAAUAAAUACCGAGUUCAUUAUCAACAAUUGGUAAAUAUUGCAGAUUUAUUGUUGAAAUGUCGUGAUGUAUUUAGAGAAUGUGUUUCUAAACUUGCACAUCGUUAUUAUUAUUCUUGGAGAAUAACUAAAGUUCAAAAUUUCUUGCAUAACCUUUACACCAAUGAUGAGUUAUUCAGGCAGUAUAGGCCACUUCAUGAAACCAUACUUUUCAAUAACGAUCAAAUGUUAGGAGAAUUGCAGUUUAUACUUGAAAACUCACUAGCAAAAGUUAAAGAAGCGAGAAAUAGACCUAAACAACCAGUUUAUUCCAAUUACAGCCAUGAAGACCCUGCAAUGAGAAGAUUUUCUUCGACUCCCCUGUUUGAGACAACUCCUGAUAUUGCAACUAAUGAUUAUAAACCGAAUGAGCAAAUUGAUUCAAUUUGGUUGCAAAUGAUGAAUAUGAAGAAUGAGUAUCGUGAUCCAGGAACUAACAAAUUCGGAUCAGGUAAUUUGAAUGGAGGCACUGGUCAAGUCUCUGACCCUAUAUAUAAUGCCAAUAUAGGAGCCACUCCAAAUAUAUUAAAUCCAUUAGAGGGUCCCCUUGCUGGUGUUGGCACUGGCUUGACUCCGGGACCUGGAAAUGUAUUUACCCCUUUGAACUUGGGUAAUUCUAAUGAAUUAUUUGAUAAUUAUCCUAUUGAUGAGUUGUUUAAGGAUUUUUCAUGA